AUUGGGUAUCAAAUGUCAGUCAAUGUUCUACCAUAAUGCAAUAACAAGCAAGUACAAAUAUAAAUUUACGCAUUAUUAUGUAAAUAUCUACGAAGUGUUUCGUCUACAAGAAAAAAGAUGCGUAGAUAUAUACCGGCAUACGACCGGUGUAUGAAAAUUUGCUUUAUCACGUUGAUGUAAAUACGUGUGUAAUGGCUGCAGCAAAAAUCGAGUUCGCAGUACAUAUGACAUGCCAAAAAUGUGUUAAGGCAAUUUCCGAGAGUAUAGCAGAUUUGGAGGGUAUUCAAAAUGUUGAUGUAUCAUUAGAUCGUGGUACUGUUAUCGUUGAAACGAAUUUACCUUACUCUAUUGUUCAAGAAAAAAUUGAAAAAACUGGGAGACAGGCAGUAUUGAAAGGAUAUGGAGAUGGAUCAAGUGCUGUUUCAAUGUUGGGUGGAAAUUCUGGAUACAGUGUAGGUGAUUUAAUUAAAGGGGUAAUAAGAUUUGCACAAACUUCAGAAGGAUGUAUCAUAGAUGGUACUGUUGAUGGUUUAACUCCAGGCGCGCACGGUAUACAUAUACACGAAUGCGGUGACAUAUCGAAAGGCUGUGAUAAUGUAGGUGAGCAUUUUAACCCAAAUAAUUCUCUACAUGGAAGUCCCGAAGAUGAUUUAUCUAAAAGGCAUGUUGGUGAUCUUGGCAAUAUUUUAGCAGAUACUACAGGCAGAGCUACUUUUCGCAAGAUAGAUAAAUUCCUUAAAAUACCUGAUAUCAUUGGCAGAUCACUUAUUAUUACAAAAGAUCCAGAUGACUUUGGAAGAAGUAACAAUCCAGAAUCUAAGAUAAAUGGAAACAGUGGAACUAGGUUGGCUUGUGGUAUUAUAGCCAGAUCUUCUGGAUUGUUUCAAAAUACGAAAAAAAUAUGCGCAUGCGAUGGUCUCACAAUAUGGGAUGAAAGAGAUCGGGCACUUGCAUAUAAGCAUGCAAACUUAUAACUAACAUGAAGACAUAACAUAAUUGGUCUAACAAAAAACAUUCCAUAUUUAAAAUCCUGAAGUAAUAAAAAUAUAAUAAAUAUAUUUUAACCUCAA